AUGGCUCAAACUUUAUAUUUCAGACUUCUUCUCAUCGCUCUCUGUUCAUUAUCUGAAUGCAUUCAGCGCCGAUAUCACCACAUAAACAUGACGAUGAACUGGACUGAAGCUCAGAAAUACUGCAGAGAAAACUACACAGAUCUGGCCACAGUCAACAACAUCAACGACAUAAAUCAACUGAUGAUGAGUAUAGAUUACAGUCUGCGGAUGAGCAGUAAGGAUGUGUAUGUUAAUAUUGGACUAAGGAAUACAGGUGUUUAUAAAUGGAAGUGGUCUCUGGGUGAUCCUGUGAAAUAUACAAACUGGUAUAAUGGAGACUCAAAUGGUUCAGAUCAUUGUGUUUAUAUGAGAGAUGGAUCAUGGCAUCAUCAAAGCUGUAAUAUGAACAUGAGUUUCAUCUGCUACAAUGGUGAUAAAGGAUUCAUCAUUGAUGAUUCUUCAGUAUCAUGGAGAGACGCUCAGAUCUUCUGCAGACAGCAUCAUACUGAUCUGAUCAGUGUGAGGAAUCAGACUGAGAAUCAACAGAUUCAGAAGAUCAUGAAUGACAAAAACAUAUCUGAAGUCUGGAUUGGUCUGUUCAGUGACUCAUGGGAGUGGUCAGAUGAGAGUGAAUCUGGAUUCAAAUACUGGGGUUCUGGUCAACCUGAUAACCGUGGUGGUAUUGAAAAUUGUACAUCAGUCAGAAUUAAAGAGCAGGGACGAUUGCAUGAUGCACCUUGCAGUGACUCUCAGACCUUUGUGUGUCAUCAAGAUAAACUGAUAUUGAUCCAGAUGAAUCUGAGCUGGUCUGAAGCUCUGAGAUACUGCAGAGAGAAUCAUGUUGAUCUGGUUUCAGUUGAUUCAGAGGAGAUUCAGUUCAUGGUGACUAAAGUGAUUCAUCAGUCCUCUACUGACGCCGUGUGGAUGGGGUCACACUAUUACUGUCAAAUGAACCUCUGGAUCUGGAUACGAGGAGAGGCCGUGUGCUAUCAGAAUUGGGCUCCAGGGAACGAAACAAAACUGAUGGACUGUAACACUGAGCACAGAGCUGGAGCAGUUCAGUCUGGAGGAGAUCAUCUCUGGAUCAGCCUUCCUCAAUCUCACAAACUAAACUUCAUCUGCAGCAGAAAAUAAUCAAAUAUUAUCACUUCAUUUUUCUAAUUUUUUGGUUUUAAUUUAGUUUUGUUCUUUAGCAGAGGGCUUCAUUUAUAAACAUAUUACAGAUUAAAUACAACAUUAUGCCUUAGUUCAGAAUCAUUGUAUAAUAAAAUAUAUAUUUUCUAUUUCAAUCUCCUGACACAAUAUCUUUUCUUAUGUUUCUUUAAUAACUU